GUCCUGCGUCGUCCUGCGUCGUCCUGCGUCGUCCGUCCGAGGAGCUCGUUUGUCAACACACGCAUUGUUUUGCAUCGCGCGAUCGCGCGAUCGAGCGCCGUGAUUGAGCGUCGAACGUCGAACGAAUUGUACAUGGUCGUUUUAAUCUAUCAAUCCAGCUCUUUUUCCACACGUCGCGUCGCCGCGUCGCUCGCGAUCCAUCGGGACUACGUGUUGACACGCGUAUCGCAUUAUCCCGCGCGUUUCGCGUUACUCGCGUGAGUGUUCAGUGUUGUGAUCAAGCAGCGUAAGCUCACCAUGGCACGAGUGCAUCGAGAAGUGUCCAGGAAUCGUCGUUACGGAUCGAGCCAGAGAGAAGGAUGCUUUUGCUAACUUUUUCUACGCCUACGCUAUUCGGAAUGAAAAUAUGGUUCGAUGAGCAUACCGCCACCACAAAUACGGAGGAAAAAGGGAGCGCUGCACAGUGAGGGAUGGACAAAUAGCAGUGGAUAUGAAUCAACAGGAAAAGAAAUACAGCGGCAGCAACAGUAACAACUGGUUUCAUACAAAUGGCUAUGUCGUUUUGGAGGACUUCUUCCGAUCGGAGGAAAUUGAAGAAUUGAAAGCUUGCGGAGAAGAAUUUACAAAUAAAUUGCCACCUGAGUCAGAACGACAAAUAUUCGAUACGAUACAAUUACAACAGAAUAAGGACAAGUAUUUUUUGGAUAGUGCUAAUAAAAUAAGUGUCUUUUUCGAGUCUGAAGCUCUGGCAGAAGACGGGAAACUGAAGGUUCAUCCAAGAGUAUCGUUAAACAAAGUAGGCCAUGCUCUUCAUUGGUUACACCCUAUUUUCAAAAAAUACACGUUUGACGAAAGAGUCAAAGAAGUUGCUUUCCAAUUAGAGUACGAGGAACCAGUGGUAUGUCAGUCAAUGUACAUUUACAAAAAUCCUGGAAUAGGCUCGGAAGUUACAAUGCAUCAGGAUGUAUCGUAUUUACAUGUCGAGCCGGUGAAACUCGUUGGUUUCUGGAUCGCACUGGAAGAUGCAACGCUAAACAACGGAUGCCUAUGGAUCGCUCCAGGUUCUCAUCAGAGCGGAGUGCAUAGGCGUUAUAUGAGAAAUAAAGAUCCAAAUUCUCAAGAGUUAUUAAUCUUCGACAGAGCGGCGCCUUGCUAUCCAUUAAGUAAUUUUAGAUCGGUGCCAGUACGCAAAGAAACUUGCAUUCUUAUCCACGGCCAAGUAGUCCACUUUUCUUAUCCAAACAAGAGUAAAACAUCGAGACACGCUUACACUUUUCACGUGAUUGAGUCGAAACAUGUAUCUUACUCGAAGGAAAAUUGGCUUCAACCACCUGCCGAAGGUUUUCCGAAUCUAUAUAAAAAUUAGGUAUAUUGUAUUAUGAUAAGAUUUAUCGUUUAUUUCAUAAUUUUAUUCUUCAUAUUUUUCUUUUUUCACUGUAUAAAAAAAAUGACAUUAAUCUAUAUACACUUUAGAACAAAUAAACAAGUUCACAACUUGUAUAGCUACAAAAGUAUAAUGAUAGCAUCAAUGAAAACAUUAAAUAUGCCAAAUUUUUGGG